AUGGGUGUGGAAAUUGAAGAACACAGCUCAGGAGAGCGGUUGGAAUCGGAGAGAACUAUUACAGAGAUUUUAAAAGAUUCUAGGAUUACGUACACUAAAGCAUUCAUGUUAUCAUUGAUUAACCUGCAAAUUUGUAAGGAGUUACCCAAGGAUUUUGAUUCAUCAGUUUUACGCGAACUUGAUGGUGCAUCUGAGUAUAAGCUGGAAAUGCAACAGACAUCUGCGGUCCUACCUCCGUAUGCUUCAAACAAUUCUUAUAUUGAUCCUUCAACUGUUAUUAGAUGUGAUUUGGUUGCUGCUUCUCGAGGAUCUUGUGGAAGAUGGGAGAAACAAUGUUCACGGUUGAACACACAGAAUAGUCCACAGGGAAGCUGUGAUUCAGAGUGCCCUCAAAUUACAUGUAAUGCAGAUUCCAGGGUGCAGAAUGAUCGUUCUGGGAUUUUGGGAUCAAUUCUUAGUAAGAGCAAGAACCCUUAUCGUCCACCACAGUCCUACAAGGUUGGCAAUUCCAAUUCGUAUGCUAGCCAUUCAUCAAAAGAAACUAAGUCUCUAGCUAACAAGGCCUGUACUGCUCAAGAGGAUGUACAAUUACACAAUGAUACUCUUCAAAUCAAUGUAGUUGGGGAUAAAAGUUCUGAUGUUCUGGCUACCCAUCGGAGCAAGCAGAUUGCGAAAUUGUCUGAAAGCCAAAAAUCUGUCGACAAGUUUGUAGAUCAAGAGAAGUCACAGUGCGAAGCACCUGAUUCUAAGGAUGCUGCUAUUGCUACUUCUCAGCAAGAACAUCCUGAUUCAGAUGCUAAAGCAUUAAAGGCGAUUAAUUUGGAAGAAUCUGAAAGAACACAAUUUGGAAAGACACCUGAGAAGGAAGCGUCACUGCCACAUGCUGACUUUCCUGGCAUUGCAACAAAAUGUUUGAGGAGGCCAUGUACUGCCAGAAGGGAGAAUGGUAUUCGUACAGUCAACAUCUUAGCAGAGGGAAGCCAUGAAAAUCUUAAACUGAAUCUGGAGUCCAAGGAUGAUUUUGAAACUGAAAUCAGUAAUGAGUUGCUUUCAGAUGAAACAUUCUUUCCUUCUCAGGAAAAUUCGUACGAGAGGAAUUUGAAAACCAACCAAUUAGAGCCCUAUGAAUUCUUCUUAGCACCAGUUCUCCGCAAUUGUGGAGCUUUUGGGACAGAUUGUGAAGGGAUUAGGGAUUCUAUCUUUGAUUGUGAGCUUGAGUUGGAUGAGAUUGAGGAAAGCACAUCUCUUUUUGAUGAUUUUUGGACUGAGAUACUAGCAGUUAUUCAUUUGGAGCAGGAAUCUAAGGUUAGUUACUCGGCUGAUACAGAUAACAUAACAGAAUCUGAAGUUCCACUUCGUUUACCGGACGAAGAUGAAUUGAUUUUCCUGAAUUAUGAGGAAGGGCCAAAAGAGCCCAAGAUCCCUCCUGUGGACACUUCUACUGAUUUGGAUUUUGUGGAAGAUGAAAUCAUUUUGCCUGACGAGGACAGUCUGAUUUCUGCUGACAAUCUAACAAAGCACAUGGUUGCAAAGAGUUGGUGGAAAACUGAUACUGCUGAUUCUGCUGACAAUUCUGAAGAUGCUAAUUGCUCAGAGGUAACAUUUGCCGGUAGAGCUGAUAAAGUGAUGGCUAACUUCAUUGCUGACAACACUGAACACCAAGAAGUUGCUCAUUGUCGUGAGAAAUCGUCUCCACCUGGUGUGAAAGUUCCAUCAUCUCCUGAAUUUUCGAGCUCUGUAACUCACUGGAAACCAUGUCCCAACCAGAUCGUUUCUCAGACCCCGUGUUUCCAUGUAAAUCCAGAAAUUCCAACUCUCCAUCCAUUGGAUCUUUAUUUUACUUGCAGUAGUUUCCAGAACAUAAGAGAACCAAAACACGUUCAUUAUUACCCAGCAGUAUAUUGGUACCCUUGUUCUGACAUUCAUCAUGAGUCUUCCAUGAAAACCACACCCGCCAAUGGAAAGAAAUAUGAGUAUCUUAAACAGUAUCCAAUGUUGCACCAGCCAGAUAAUGAGCAAGUCAUUUAUGAUGUUGUACAACAAUGGGAUACUGUGCAACUAUUGCCUGAGACUUAUCAACAAUCACACUACCCAGGAUUUGGAUUUCCAAUAUGAGGUGAGGUACGCUUUCCAGCCCUGUUCUUUGACCUCUAAA